CGGACACACUUUAGCGGAAGGACAGCGGUUUUGAAAAAGGGAAUAUUUCACAUCGAGGGAAUCUGUCACCGCUAACCGGGAUAAUCUGUCGCUUCUGUGUCCAUACAGGCAGCUUUUCUUGCCGGACUUACAGAUAAUAGCUGCGGUGUAGCUACGGGGUGCAAUGGAGGAUGGGAAGCCUGUGUGGGCGCCCCACCCAACUGACGGGUUCCAGUUGGGCAUAAUAGUGGAUAUCGGUGCGGAUGCCCUCACCAUAGAACCUCUCAAUCAGAGAGGAAAGACAUUCCUGGCACCCAUCAGUCAAGUCUUUCCUGCUGAGGACGAUGUCAACAAACAUGUUGAAGACAAUUGUUCUCUUAUGUAUUUAAAUGAGGGCACUCUUCUAAACAACAUCCGUGUUCGUUACAGCAAAGACUUGAUCUAUACGUCUGUGGCUAACAUCCUGAUUGCUGUGAACCCGUAUUUCGACAUCCCUAAACUCUACUCCCCAGAGACCAUUAAGAGCUAUCAGGGACGCUCUUUGGGGACACUUCCCCCUCAUGUCUUUGCUGUUGCGGAUAAAGCCUACAGAGACAUGAGGGUUCUGAAGAUGAGUCAGUCCAUCAUUGUGUCCGGUGAAUCGGGUGCUGGAAAAACAGAAAACACAAAGUUUGUUCUCAGGUAUUUAACCACAUCUUAUGGGACAUGUCAAGAUAUAGAUGAGAGGAUUGUUGAGGCCAACCCCUUGCUUGAAGCCUUUGGAAAUGCAAAGACGGUCAGGAACAAUAACAGCAGCCGGUUUGGAAAGUUUGUGGAAAUUCACUUUAAUGAGAAGAAUGCAGUCGUGGGGGGAUUUGUCUCGCACUAUCUGCUGGAGAAGUCUCGGAUUUGCAUGCAGAGCGCAGAAGAGCGAAACUAUCACAUAUUUUACAGACUUUGCGCUGGGGCAUCGGAGGACGUCAGGAACAUGCUUCACCUCAACUCUCCGGACAACUUCCGGUAUUUGAAUCGCGGCUGCACCCGAUACUUUGCAAACAAGGAUUCAGAUAAACAGAUCAUGCAAAACAGGAAAAGUCCUGAGGAUCAUAAGCAUGGGAAGGUGGGUGCCCUGAAGGACCCUCUGCUGGAUGACCUGGGGGACUUCAACAGGAUGGUGGUGGCCAUGAAGAAAAUCGGCCUGGAUGACACAGAGAAGCUCAAUCUCUUCAGAGUGGUGUCUGGUGUCCUUCAUCUCGGCAAUAUCGACUUUGAAGAGACAGGAAGCACCUCUGGUGGCUGCAUUUUGAAGAACCAGACCAGUCAGACUCUUGAAUACUGUGCCGAGCUCCUGGGCCUGGACCAGGACGACCUGAGAGUCAGCCUCACCACCAGGGUCAUGCUCACCACUGCAGGGGGCGCCAAAGGCACAGUCAUCAAGUGAGUGACCCUAACAUCUGUUCACCCACUGACCCUCCGGCAGCCUGAUUUGUUCUAUUUCUCUCUCAA